AUGACGGCCGUCUAUGUGAAGAACCGUUUGCCGUCACCCAAGAUUCCACACAAGACACCGUUCGAGAUUGUCUACAAUUCUAAGCCAAGUGUCAAGCACAUGCGCGUUUUUGGGUGCCAAGCAUACAUCUUGACCCCGAAGGAGAAACGACUCAAGUGGGAUCCCAAGGCCCGGGCUGGAUUGUUUUUGGGCUACGAAGAAGUGUCCAAGGCUUAUCGAGUUUAUGACAUCGAAGCGGGGCAGGUGAUGAUAAGUCGCGAUGUCAACUUCGAUGAGUCGGCCUUUGGACUGUCGAUGCUGAUUUCCGAUGACGAUGUUGAUGGCCUGGACUUCGAAUCGAUCGAUCUUGAUGAUGAAGAACCGCGUCCGAGACACUUCAAACAAACAGGAAAGCGCAAGGCCCAACCCAGUCACGACAAUGACGACGCAAGCAUGCCCCGAGCAGUGCGCCAACGACCCGGAUUGGAAGAGUCAAGUGCGCCGGAUGACCUCUCUUCACAUCGAGCCAACGAAGAUGAAGAAAGGAAGUCGGAGGAACAACAUGACACACCGACUUCCUCCGCGUUUUGGCAUGCGAGUGCAAACGCCGUCGAAGCAGCGGUCGAUUUUUCGGAGCCGUCGACAUUUGAAGAAGCAGUGUCUGGCCCGGACCAAGUACACUGGCGCAAGGCAAUUGAUGCGGAGCUCGAUUCGAUGAAGCUUCGCAGUGUCUUUCGUGCGGCCAAGUUACCCAACGGACAAAGCGCCAUCGGCACAAAGUGGGUCUUCAAGAUCAAGCGCAAGGCGGAUGGGUCGAUCGAGAAAUACAAGGCACGACUUGUGGCCAAGGGUUUUCGCCAAAAGUAUGGCAUCGACUACACGGAGACGUUCUCGCCCGUGGUCAAGUAUGUGACGCUGCGAAUGGUCAUCGCCAUUACCAAGCACUUUGGAUGGCCCCUCGACCAGCUCGAUGUGGUGACUGCGUUCCUGUAUGGAGUGAUGAAGGAGAAGGUGUUCUGCGCUGUUCCGGAAGGCGUCAAGAUGGAAGGUGAUUUCGAUUGUCUCGAGCUGAUCAAGGCGAUCUACGGUCUCAAGCAAGCCUCGCGUGUUUGGAACGAGACCUUCGACGAGUUCAUACGCUCGAUUGGUUUUCAAGCGUCGGGAUUCGAUCCAUGUCUCUACAUCAUGACUUCGGAAGGCCAUUGUGUUUUUGUGCUGGUCUACGUGGACGAUGUCUUGGUGACUGGAAGCUCGCUCGAGAUGAUUGCGCGCACCAAGAACGACCUCAAGACACGCUUCGAGAUGACGGACAGCGGCAAGUGUGCCUUUGUUCUUGGGAUCGAGUUAUUGGACGGUGAAGAUGGCAGCGUGACUAUGUGUCAGCGCCGUUAUGUCGACGAUGUCCUCAAGCGCUUUGGAAUGGAUGAGUGCAAGGCUGUGGCAAGUCCGGUGGACGUCAGCUCUCGACUGGUUCCGAGCAACUCUGCAAGCAAGGUGGAUGUCCCAUUCCGUGAAGCAGUGGGUGCUUUGAUGCAUCUGACGACUGCAACGCGACCGGACAUCGCCUAUGCUGUAAGCUUUGUGUCACGGUUCAUGGAGAAACCCCAAGAAGAACACUGGGUUGCAGUCAAGCGCAUCUUCCGCUACCUACAAGGCACCAAGAUGCAUGGAAUCUGCUACAAGCCAAGUGCGAAGAUCGACUUUCGUGGCUAUUCAGAUGCAGACUGGGCCGGUGACCUUGCUGAUCGCAAAUCGACGUCCGGCUACGUCUUCAUGCUAUUGGGUGCUCCGGUGAGUUGGGGCAGCAAGAAACAGCCAAGUGUGUCACUGUCUACAAGCGAAGCGGAGUACAUCGCGCUCAGCCUGGCAAUCCAAGAAGGCAAGUGGAUCAAUCGCUUGCUGUGCGAGAUCAUGGCGGCUGCAAACGAAGAAGGACCCGAGCUCGUCAUCCGUGAAGACAACCAGUCGUGCAUCAAGAUGACGAAGAAUCCGGUCAACCACGGCCGCGCUAAACACAUCGACAUCAAGUACCAUCACAUCCGUGAUGAAGUCAAGCGCGGCGAAGUGAAGCUUGAAUACUGCGAGACGACGUUGAUGUUGGCGGACAUCAUGACGAAGGGACUUCACGGACCGCGUCACAAGGACUUGACGGCGGCGCUUGGCAUCCGUGCGUGUUCGGAUUGA